AUGGCGUCGGCGUACACCCCUGAUGCGGCAUCAGUCACAGCCUCGCCAUCUCCGCAGGACGGGAUCGAGUUCGCGACGCCACUGAUGAUUGACAACGCGCUCGACGCGGACGUAGACAGCUCCGUGCCUCAGCUCACUGCUGAGGAGCCUGGGUUGUUCAAGGAGGCCGAGCAUGCACCGGAAUGGCAGAAUGCCAUGAAGGAGGAGAUGGACGCCAUCGUCGCCAACGGGACUUGGAGUCUCACCGAGCUCCCCGCCGGUCACCGCGCUAUAGGCCUUAAGUGGGUCUACAAAGUGAAACAUGACCAGAUGGGCGCCAUCGUCCAUCACAAAGCGCGCUUGGUGGCCAAAGGAUACAUCCAGUGUCAGGGGGUGGAUUUCGAAGUAGUGUUCGCGCCGGUGGCGUGUCUCGAGUCCGUGCGCCUCAUGCUCGCCAUUGCCGCGCACUAG